GAAUAAAGUACGACUAUGACUAAAUUCACUGACAACACAACUGUGGUUGACAGAGUUUCAGAUUAUGACAAGAAGGCAUACAGGAGCAAGUUUCCUCAGCUGGCUGAGUGGUGUCACAACAACAACCUUGCACUGAACGUCAGUAAUACCAAAGAGCUGAUUGUGGACGCCAGAAAGGCAUCUGCAGAAUUAUGGACAGCCCUUCUUCCCGUGAUGCCGAGCGGCCACGGUCCCCACUCGGCCUGUUUCAUCUUGCCCUUCCUCCCAGUGCGCACCGCGACAAUGAUGGCGGCCGAGUCACUAGGCGCCGGCGAAGUGGCCCGAGAUGUGCUAAGCGACGGCCUUCUGGAGCUGCUGAAGCCGGGCGUGAGGGAGGUGGACCAGCAGGUUCAGGCGGUGAGGGAGAGCCAGGUAGAGCUGAGGGAGCAGAUCGACCGGCUGGCGGAAGAGCUCUGCAGGAUAAAUGAAGAGCAGAAGGUGUCCCUGGACCUGGAUCCAUACGUGAAGAAGCUGCUGAAUGCCCGGCGGAGGGUGGUGCUCGUUAGCAACAUCCUGCAGAACGCCCAGGAGCGGCUGAGACGUCUGAACCACAGCGUUGCCAAGGAGACGGCCCGGCGGAAGGCCUACCUGGAGUCCGGGAUCUACCUGCCGACUCCACCCAGCAAGUGAAGCCUCCCCGGUGGCGCCACCGGCCGCUCAGGAGGAGAGAACCCAGAUCACACUGGGGGUGGGAAAUAUUGCGUGUGCUCGGAUUGAUAUUGAACCGGUGGCCAGCGAGACUUCCUACCCUCCACAGUGUACUGGGGUUGGCCAUAUCUCCUGAAGGCACAGAGUGAGGUGCUGCAACCCUACGCCUGUUGGCUUAGCGAUCCCUCGCUCCGGCUUUUCCUUGUCCCCCCUUUUCGGAGCAGACUGGAUGCUCCUAUAUCUGAUCAUUGAGCCCAUCACCCCCUGCUGGGGUACAGCAGCUCACCAGACUCCUCUGUCCCGGGCCAGUCCUUCAAGUUGUCCCCAGGUGUAGCCCAUCUUCCUCUCCCAUGGAUGAGGAGCUUCUGUUGGCGUCUCUGUAGCUCUGGGUUUUUACGGGAUGGGUUGCUAACCGCACACCUUUCGCAGCCGGGCUUGAAACCGUCCAUGGCAAAGUCAUUUAUAUCUUAUGGGUUUUUUUUGUCUGUUAAGCUUCCUGGUUAUCCGACUCCCACCCUUCCCUGCUUCUCCUGAGCACUUGUGCAAACAGGAUCCCGCCCCCUCUGCCAUAAACCUGCAGUCGCCCUCGCCCAUCCGUUCCCAGGCCUGACCCAAAGUCGGGAGGUCGGGAAGCACUGUGCGGGGUAAUCACACUGCCUCUUCCACACCGAGAAUGAAGAGAAGUUCUGCUGAGCUUCCUCGCAUCUUUACACACCCCUCCCCUCCCCCACAAUCCAUCAUUUAUAUCAGCAAUGUUUUCCAGGCCCUGUAAUGCUCCGGAAGUCCUGCAGACAGAUGUCGGGUUUCCACAGACUCGCUACACGUCUCCCCUUCAGUCAGUAGCAGUUGAAGAAGGAACUUUAUUUUUUGCUUUUUUACUUCCCGAAGUGCAGGAGGACCUCGUGUAACGGCUGACAGAAGCAAGUACAUUGCGGUGUUGUACUUGUGCAGUCGUCGUGACUUGCACACUUUCUGUACUGGAGGUAAUCACGGUGAAUAAAACUACCAGGCUAUAUCUA